AUGGUGUCUGCUAGAAUUAUAACAAUUUUGGCGCUUAUAACAGCCAAUGCGUGUUUGAUGAAAAUUUCUGACACUAAAGAAUUAAUUCAAUUAUUUACUACGCAGAUUUGUUCGGAGGCUUUUGAACACUAUUUUUGGGAACAGAAACCGUAUUCAGGAUAUCAAUAUAUGAAUAACUGGGCAUCAAAUUAUCCUGGCUUCUAUCAAGGUUAUUGGAAUAACUAUCCAUCAUAUUAUCCGACCAACUACAAUCAAGGUUAUCUGAAUUACUACAAUCCAAGUUUUUCUAAUUGGAAUCAAGAAUACUUUGGCAGCAAUCUUUAG